AUGGUGGUCGAGGCUGCGGCCGCCUCCAACGGCAAUGGCGCAGGGGAGGAGGUGUUCAGCAAGAAGCUCGUGGGAUAUGACGGUUUCCAGCGCCACAACCCACGCUCCGACCGCUUCCCCAUGCACAAGUUCCACCACGUCGAGUUCUGGUGCGGCGAUGCCACCACCACCAGCUGCAGGCAAGCGCGCCCCCCAGAAGCACCCAUGUUUGGGUAUGGGCUGGGCCUGACUCUGGUGGCCAAGAGCGACCAGUCCACGGGCAACCACCACUACGCGUCGUACGUCAUGCAGUCGGGCGAUCUUGUGAUGGCCUUUACCGCGCCCUACAGCACCCAGACAGACAAGAGCGGCAGCAGCCCGCCCGCAGCGUACGACCAGGACGCCGCCUACGCCUUCCUCAAGAAGCACGGCAUGGCGGUGCGCGCCUUUGGAAUCCUGGUGGACGAUGCCGCGGAGGCGUACCGCAUAGCCACUGCCCACGGCGGGGUGGGUGUGGCGCCACCCACCACCCGCACGGACGCAGCCAGCGGCACCAGCCUGACGUGGAGCGAGGUGCAGCUGUACGGCGACUGCGUGCUGCGCUUUGUCAGCGGCGACUACGAGGGCGCCUUCAUCCCCGGCUACCAGCCCGUGGAAGACGCGCCCCAAGUCUCCUACGGCCUGCAGCGCCUGGACCAUGCGGUGGGCAACGUGCCAGAGCUGAUCCCUCAAGUGGAGUACAUGGCUCGCAGCCUGGGCUGGCACGAGUUUGCUGAGUUCACUGCCGAGGAUGUGGGCACUGUGGACUCGGGCCUCAACUCCAUGGUCAUGGCCAACAACAACGAGAUGAUUCUGCUGCCGGUCAACGAGCCCACCCACGGCACCAAGCGCAAGAGCCAGAUCCAGACCUUCCUGGAGCAGAAUGAGGGGCCCGGGCUGCAGCACAUGGCCCUGAAAACAGACGACAUCGUAGCCACCAUGCGACAGCUCCGGGCCAGGUCUGCGUUUGGCGGCUUCGACUUCAUGCCCAGGCCUUCGCCUGACUACUACCGCAAGCUGCCUGCCCGCAUCGGCAGCCUGCUGACGGCGCAGCAGUACAAGGACGUUGAGGAGCUGGGGCUGCUUGUGGACAAGGAUGACCAGGGCGUGCUGCUCCAGAUCUUCACCAAGCCGCUGGGCGACCGACCCACCGUGUUUUUCGAAAUCAUCCAGCGCCUGUGCGCCCUGGAGCCGCAGGCGCCCAAGAGCCAGCGCGGCGCGGUGCCUUCCGAGGUCGGCGGCUGCGGCGGCUUUGGCAAGGGCAACUUCAGUGAGCUGUUCAAGAGCAUCGAGGUGUACGAGACGGAUCUGGGCAUCAACUAA